AUGUUUCGAAAGAAGAAUUCAUGCUUACAUCGAUAUAUUGCAAAUUUUCCGUUUGCUUUUGCUCAUAGUUAUCCAUUUAUACCAACCAAUGAUGCGACAAUUCCAUAUGGUGGCGGUAUUCCAACAGCUAUUCAUCAUUGUUCCGGACAAUCAAUUAUUGAUCCAAAUGAAUACGAUUUCGAAAGUAUGGCUCUAAAGGCACUUGGUGGUUUCAUUUUGAUAUUAAAUGAGAAUGGUGAUAUUUAUUACGUUUCAGAAAAUAUUGAAACAUAUCUUGGAUUUCAUCAGUCAGAUAUUCUUCAUCAAUCUUUAUUUGAAAUGAUACAUUCAGAGGAUCGUGAAGAUAUUAAAUUACAGUUAGCCUGGAAUUACAAUGUUCCACUUCAUGUAACCUGUUUACAAGAUAUCCUUACACAUGGUGGUAUGCCUUAUUUAGAACGAAAUGUUAAUGCUCGAUUUCGUUGUUUAUUGGAUAAUACUUGCGGAUUUCUUGACGUACGUGGAAAAUUAAUGAGUCUUCACGGUUUACCACAUUCAUAUCUAUUGAAUAGGGUUGAAAAUCGUUCUUCUGGUAAUAUCGUUCUUGGUUUAGUUGCUAUUUGUAGUCCAUUUGUUCCACCAAAUGUUGCCGAUCAACAACAAAUGGAUGAUCCAAUCUUGAAGACGAAACAUUCUCUUGAUUUUACGCUUGUUUCAACAGAUAACAAAUGA